AAAUAUUUAAACCUAUAUUCUUCACCCUUCAAUGUUGCAUCUCCUUGCCUUUGACUUUCGACCAGAUAAUCAAUGGAGCUUCGCUCGAAGCUCCAAUGGUGGAACGCACGUCUCCAAGUAGUGCAUCUCCACUUCCUUCUUCCUUCUCCUUCUCUAUAUGAACCUCCGCAACCCUGCCCCAUCCACACACUGGCAUUUACAGAGACAAAAAGCUCAAAAUGGGACCUUUAUUGCGCCUCACAAUGGCAGCUUCACUUUUAAUCGGCUGCAUCAACAUUGUAGCAGGCGGCGACGUCAUUCAUAUCGGUGGAAAAGUUCUCUGCCAGGACUGCACUCAGGGCUGGAACGAGUGGAUCAACGGAAAGCCUCUUAAAGAUUGUAAGGUAUCUGUAACGUGUUUGGAUGAGAGAAGCAGAGUGAUGCAUUAUGCGAGCGAUCUGACGGACGAAUUAGGGCAAUUUGAUAUCACAAUCAACAAGUUUAUCAACGGCAAGAAAUUGAAUCCGAAGAAAUGCUCGGUGCGGCUUGUUUCGUCUCCGGAUCUUGCGUGCAACGUCAUGACCGAUUUCGCCGGUGGUCGCUCCGGCGUUCAACUCCGGGGACCGAGCUUAGUGUAUCGCGAUCUUGUCAAGUAUGUCCUCGGACCAUUUUACUUCACUUCGCCUAUGUGCGAGGAACCUGAUACAAGUGGUUCCGAUGAUAACGACGGGAAAUAUUAGUGAAAGUCAUCGUCUUUUUCGAAAUUUUCUUUUUGUGAGAUUCAAUUCGAAGUUGCUGUUACUAUUGAUCUUGUGAAUGAAUGAAAAUAUGGUUAUGAUCUUAUGAUUGAAUUACCAAA